AUGGUCGAAGACAAGAAGACUGACGACUACACCGAAUUCGAGGCGGCGCCUCCUCCUUUGACUCGUGCUGCUAGUUCCCCGCCUUCCUCUCUAUCGAACAACCCUGCCCUUCCGGUUCUGGCGUAUUGCGGCUCUUCCAUCCUGAUGACCGUGAUGAACAAGUAUGUUCUGUCGGGAUUGGACUUUAACUUGAACUUUUUGCUGCUCAUGAUCCAGUCCAUCGUCUGUAUCUUUGCCAUCCAAACGUGCAAGUCUAUGGGUCUUAUUACCUACCGGGACUUCAGCACCGACGAGGCCAGGAAGUGGUUCCCCAUUACCCUCCUGCUGAUCGGCAUGAUCUACACCGGUUCCAAGGCUCUCCAGUUCCUGUCCAUCCCUGUCUAUACCAUCUUCAAGAACUUGACCAUCAUCCUGAUCGCCUAUGGUGAGGUUCUCUGGUUCGGUGGCUCCGUCACCAACAUGACCCUCUUCUCCUUCGGUCUGAUGGUUCUCAGCUCCAUCAUCGCCGCCUGGGCCGACAUCAAGCACGCCGUUGAGAGCAGCGGCGAUACCAGCAGCAAGGUUUCCACUCUGAAUGCUGGUUACGUCUGGAUGAUGAUCAACUGCCUUUGCACCUCUUCCUACGUGCUCGGCAUGCGCAAGCGCAUCAAGUUGACCAACUUCAAGGACUUUGACACCAUGUUCUACAACAACCUCCUCUCCAUCCCCGUUCUCAUCGUCGCCACUCUGCUCGUCGAGGACUGGUCCGCUGCCAACCUGGCCCGUAACUUCCCCGAGGCUAACCGCAACGGCAUCUUCUUCGCCAUGAUCAUCACCGGUGUCUCCUCCGUCUUCAUCUCCUACACCUCCGCCUGGUGCGUGCGUGUCACUUCCUCCACCACUUACUCCAUGGUCGGUGCUCUGAACAAGCUCCCCAUUGCCGUCUCUGGUCUGGUCUUCUUCGACGCCCCCGUCACCUUCCCCAGUGUCUCUGCCAUUGUCGUCGGCUUCGUGUCCGGUAUUGUCUAUGCCGUUGCCAAGAUCAAGCAGAACGCCAAGCCCAAGACCGGCAUUCUCCCUACUUCCAACCCUCUGGUCAGUGCCAGCAGUCAGAGCAUGCGUGACUCGCUGCGCUCUUGA